CAGCAGCGGCCAGCGAACUCGCUUGCGCGCGCCAGCGGAUCUGCACGGAUCCGGCUCCCCUCCGCUCGGUGCGCCCCGCCUGCUCCGCGUGGAUAUCUAGCAGCUCGCCCACCGCCCCGCACCAUGACUCUGGAAGAAAUCCGCGGCCAGGACACGGUUCCUGAAAGCACAGCCAGGUGGGUAGGCGCCGGUGUCGGAUGUCUGUGAGCGCCGGGAGGUCUGUGACCACUGGCCAGGCGAGAGCCGGUUGGCUGGGGAGCCCGCCGGCUGGGGAGCCCGCCGGCUGGGGAGCCCGCCGGCUGGGGAGCCCGCCGGCUGGGGAGCCCGCCGGCUGGGGAGCCCGCCGGCUGGGGAGCCCGCCGGCUGGGGAGCCCGCCGGCUGGGGAGCCCGUCGGCGGGGCUCUCGGCCGCGUUUCGGCGCUCACGCACUGGCUUGUUCCAGGAUGCAGGGCGCCGGGAAAGCGCUGCACGAGUUGCUGCUGUCGGCGCAGCGCCAGGGCUGCCUCACCGCCGGCGUCUACGAGUCCGCCAAGGUCCUGAACGUCGACCCCGACAACGUAACCUUCUGCGUGCUGGCCGCCGACGAGGAGGACGAGGGCGACAUUGCGCUGCAGAUCCACUUCACGCUGAUCCAGGCCUUUUGCUGCGAGAACGACAUCGACAUCGUGCGUGUGGGCGACGUGCAGCGGCUGGCGGCCAUCGUGGGUGCCGGUGACGAGGCGGGCGCGCCCGGAGACCUGCACUGCAUCCUCAUUUCGAACCCCCAGGAGGACGCAUGGAAGGACCCCGCCUUGGAAAAGCUCAGCCUGUUCUGCGAAGAGAGCCGCAGCGUGAACGACUGGGUGCCCAGUAUCACCCUCCCCGAGUGACAGCCGGCGGCGGGCCGUGGUCUGAUCUAUGUGGAGGCGCCCCCGAGCGCGUAGCCCCGGGCUGGCUCUGCGGAGGCGCCCUCGGAGGGCGCCUGAGUUCGGCGUGGAGACUGGCAAGCAGGGCCGUGGAGUGCCAGGAGGAGGCGCGGCUCCUUCCCAGGAGGGGGCCCGGAGGCGGCAGGGGCGGCCUGGCCCAGAGCCCAGGACUCUACAAGUGUGGGGAGCCGGUGCUCGCCCCGGAAGGCCUGACGUUGGCCGCGGUGCUGGGAAGGACGAAGGACGGCUGGACUGGCCGGGCAGGCGUGACUCAGCAGCCUGCGCCGUGGGCAGGAAGCAGGGGAAAGGCGAGGCCAGGCGGCCUGGACUUGCACAGCUACUGGAGCUCUGACCGACCUAGCAGUCUGCACUACUGUUUCAAAAGGGAUCCGGGCGAUGCUUCAUUUUCUAAAGGAUUAUGCUGCUGCAGCUUUGACUUUUACAAUAAACUUACUGAAACAAA